UCAUACUAUUUGUGUCACUACGACUACCACUCACCUCUCUCAGGACUAUUUCUGAAGACAUCAGCAGGAAAACAAACUGAAAAUGAGAGAAAAUUAUGUCAGAUCUUCAAGAUAAAUGCUGACCAGGAUAAGACCAGCCUGCAUCUACAGUAUAACCAUAAUGCAGCGUCCACAAGAUAUUGAUCAUGAGUACCAGGCUAAGCUGCUUAUGAGAGGACCUUCAAAGAACUGUACAAUCAAUCCCCCUUCCCUUGGUCCCCCACACCCCCUGGAGGAUAACCUGUUCCUUUCCCGUGCACUACCUGUGUCCCACCCUUAAUCCCCCCUUGGACAAGAGAGGAGCUAUAUAUGCAAUGGCAGUCUUGAGAGUAAAGUUCACCAAGACCAAGAGGGACAAACUAGCCCAGGUGCUGUGGAUCCUGAACUGGAUCUCAGUGGUGACAGGGGCCAUCCUGUUUAGCCUGGGGCUCUUCCUCAAGGUAGAGAUUAACAAACGGGAAGAGCUGAUGGCUGAGAGGGACAUCCAGUACGUGCCCAACAUGCUGAUUGCUGUGGGCCUCAUCGCCUGUGCCAUAAACUUCCUGGGUGGGAAGAUUUGCUACGACUGCGUAGACAGCACCAAGUUCUUGCGCUGGAAACUGAUCAUGCUCCCCUACAUUAUAUGCACCUUCUUCUUUACCUUCUGCGUGCUGGUGGGAGCUCUGAUGUGUUACAGCACGCGUGGGGAGCUAGAGGAGUCUCUGAACCUGGGGCUGACAGACGCCAUGAGGUUCUAUAAGGACACCGACACACCAGGACGAUGUUUCCUGAAGCGCACUGUGGACAUGCUGCAGAUAGAGUUCCAGUGCUGUGGAAACAAUGGCUAUAAAGACUGGUUUCAAAUUCAGUGGAUCAGCAGCCGCUACCUGGAUAUGACCCAAAAAGAGGUGUCAGACCGAAUAAGAAGUAAUGUGGAGGGGAAGUACUUGAUGGAUGGAGUCCCCUUCAGCUGCUGCAACACCUUGUCCCCCCGGCCCUGCAUCCAGCAGCAGAUCACCAACAACUCCGCUCACUUCAACUACGACCACCAGACGGAGGAGCUGAACCUGUGGAUGAAAGGGUGUCGGCAGGCACUGCUGGAGUACUACACCCACAUCAUGCAGUCCAUUGGCCUCACAGUCCUCAUCACUUGGCUGUUUGAGCUCUCAGUGUUGACAGGAGUUCGUUUCCUUCAGACCUCCCUGGAAAAUGUUCUGAGGCAAGGAGACCCAAACUCUGAAUCCGACGGCUGGCUGCUGGAAAACAGCUUUAUGGAAACAGCCCGCAUCAACCUCAACAUCAUCAAAAGCCUUGGCAAGUGCAACCAGAUAGACACAGCCAACAAUGGAGACCCCAACAUCAAUGUUCCAACCACCUCUAAAGCACACUAUGGGCCAGACAAUGUGCCCCCAAAGCAAACACCUGAAGCCAGUUGACCUUUCACCGGCCUCAGUGAACAGCUUCACUGAAAGCCUGAGUAAGGGCCUUCAUACAAACUACUUUUAACAGUUUUAACAGUUACAUUUAUUAGUUUUAAUCCAUAAGAAUCCAAAUCCAUACAUGUUCCAUUUUCAUUGAUGCAAACAGCAACCCAUAAAUCAUACAUCACCACAAAUGUACAUAUUUUACUGUACAUCUGUACUGUAAUCUGUUGUUUACAAAGUAUAUA